UUGUGUACAAAAAGAUGUAAUAUACAUCAAAUGGAUCAUAUAAUUUGGAGAAUGUGCACCAAAUUUUGAGAUAUAUAUUAAUAUAUGUAAAAGAAUAAAGAAGAAUCAAAAUGAAGAUGCAUAAUUCUGCAAGUUACCAGGUCUCUUUGGUUGCUUUCUCAAUGUUGUGGUUUCUUCUACAAGCAUCAGUGAUCACUACAAAUUUCAGCAUUGGUGUGAUUCUUGAUCAAACUUCUAGGCCUGGAAAAGAGGCCAAAGUAGCCAUUGAGAUAGCAAUUCAAGAUUUCAAUAUCAAAACCAGUCAGACUUCUGUUUUAUAUCUUCAAAACUCUCGAAACAAACCCCUUCAUGCAGCUAUUGCAGCAAAACAUCUUAUUGAUGAAGACAAUUUGAAAGCCAUUUUGGGAAGUCAUACAUGGGAAGAAGCUUCUGCCAUAGCCGAGGUUAUCAUAUAUGAAGCUUCACAUCUAGCCUCAACAGCAUCAAUCAUCUCUCCUCUCUCUCAGGCAUUUCGACAAACAGGUUCUGAGCUAAACCAUAUCUUACCACUCACAUCUGGUUCAUGUUUGUUAGAAGAAGAGCUUGAGGUGUUCAAGAAACAACAAGUUAAAUUCUUUGUAACUCAUACGUCUCUGGAACUCGGGAUUCGUCUCUUUCAGGAAGUCACGGAGAUGGAAAUGACCGGAGUUAGGUACCUAUGGAUUGCAACUAAUGGAAUCACAAAUCGUUUUCAUUCCACGAUUUCUUCAUUGAAAGGCAUGGCUGGAGUCAAAAGCUACUUCCAGGAAAACACGCCGGAUUUUAGAGAUUUCAGAAAAAGAUUCCGUCAAAAUUCCAGUUUCGAUUACCCAGAAGAAGAGGAGGACGAACCUGGAAUUUUUGGCGUGCAAGGAUACAAAACCGUGAAAUUAUUAGAAGAAAUGUCACCUGAAAACUUUGAUCGCAAAAUUCCACCCCCGCAGAGUACUGUGGAGAUCGUGAACGUGGUAGGAAAGGGAUAUCACAGUGUGCACAGGACCGAAGGAUCAGGGUUUUCAGAGACAAUUGACGAUGGCGUCAAUGAAGCAAUGGACAACGUCGGGCAAGCUAUGUGGUCUGAGCAACCGUGGUAUGCCAAUAAAAAGCGCCGGGAUCUAGCCAAAAGUACAGAGAUUCGGAUGAGGGUCGGCGUGCCUGGUAGAUCUCUGUUUAAGCAAUUCGUAAACGUGGAAUAUACUCCCAAGAAGAAUGAAACUGUCAUUAGUGGAUUCGCAAUCGCUGUGUUUGAUGAGAUGAUGAGAGAAUUGAAAUUGCCAUACGAUUAUUUUCCAUUCAAUGGUUCUUAUGAUGAACUGAUAAGCCAAAUACCAGCAGAGAAAUUCGACGCGAUAGCAGGCGAUGUAACAAUUGUGGCGAGAAGGCACGACUACGUCGAUUUCACGCAACCAUACACCGAAUCUGGUUUGGAGAUGAUCGUCCCCAACCGAUCCAAAUUAUCAAACCAGCCAUGGUUUAUGAUGCCUUUCACUGCAACAAUGUGGUGGUUAAUAGCAGCAAUCACCCUUUACAACGGCUUCGUCAUUUGGUUGAUCGAGAGACCCCGCCCCAACUAUCUUCAAGGCUCCAUCAUUUGGCUUGCAUUCGCUACACUCUUUACUUUGCGAGGGGACAGGUUGCGUAGCAAUUGGUCAAGAGUGGCUGUUGUCGUCUGGCUGUUUGUGGCGCUAAUCAUCACACAGAGCUACACGGCUAGCUUGGCCAGCAUGCUAACUGCUCAACAAUUCGAACCCACCAUAACCAGUGUUGAGAUGCUCAGGAAGAUGAAUGCAACAGUGGGGUACUGCAACGGGUCCUUUAUCAACCACUAUUUGAAGGAUGUUCUCGGUUUCAAGAGCAUCAAGAUCAAGAGCUAUGACUCAACUCCUCAAUACGCACAAGCCCUAAACAGAGGCGAAAUCGCAGCCAUAUUUCUUGAAGUUCCGGUAGCCAAAGUCUUCCUAGCUCAGUACUGCAAGAGAUUCGUUAGAACUGGAGAGACAUUCAAAGUUGGUGGAUUUGGAUUCGCAUUUCCAAGGGAAUUUUCAUGGCUUUCUGAGGCAAACAAAGCCUUAAUGACUGCAUCAGAAAGUGGGAAACUGAAAGAACUUGAAGACACGUUUCUUACAUCUGGGAAGUGUGUGGACGAUGAUGAAUCGUUUCCUAACGAAUAUGAGAGUCUUAGCCCUCAGAGCUUCUCGACACUAUUUGUGUUAACGGGAGGGACAUCAACUGUUUGUCUUGUCGUCUACAUUUUGAAAAGGAUUAGGAGGCGAUUGAUUCGCAUAAUGUAGUUGGAAUGAAUGAUUCUGUCAAAGUAUUAGAAUAUGAAGAAAUUGGAAUCUGUAACGAGUUUGAUUAACAUGAAAUGAAAUCCAUUUUCUUUUUGGUUUA